ACCAUGAUCACCCUGAAGUAUUCACAAUCAAGUCGAAUCGAAACAAGGUUGGGUUUGUCGGAGUUUGUACCAGGGUUUAAUUAAAACUUUAUUAAUUUUAUAACAACAAUGUGUUUAUAGUGUUUAGUGAUUGUGUGCUCGUUGAACCAUGGGCUACGACAUUGGGUGGCUAAUACCGAGACUCCGGAAUCCGGGUAGACUGUGGUAUUGUGCCAGCUCAAUCACAGUCGCAGUUGUUGGCCUCUUCAGCAAGAUUAUUGUAGAGUUCCUGAACAAGACGACAGUGUACAAUCGCGAAGCCCUAUCUCGCGCGGUGCACCGCCCCCGUGAGGUGCCGCUGCUUACUGUUUCCAAUCACCACUCUUGUUUUGAUGAUCCGGGACUCUGGGGUGUGCUGGACACAGGAACGCUAGUGAGGGGCUCGCGCAUGCGCUGGUCGUUGGCAGCACACGACAUUUGCUUCACGAAUGCGCUACACGCCGCAUUUUUCGCGCUUGGAAAAUGUGUGCCGGUUGUACGCGGCGCUGGCGUGCACCAGCCCGCUAUGGACUUCUGCGUUGAGCGGCUCUGCAGCGGCGAUUGGGUUCAUAUAUUCCCCGAAGGGAGGGUUAAUGUUGAAAAAGAGUGUAUUCGUUUCAAAUGGGGCGUUGGUCGACUCAUAAGCGAGAGUGCCGCGCGUGGGCGUCCACCUCUCGUUCUACCCGUCUGGCACGAAGGGAUGGAUCGCGUACUCCCCAAUACAGAGCCAUAUCGACUGCGUGCGCGCAACCACGUCUACCUCUGCGUUGGUGAGCCCAUUGCUCUCCAUCCGCUGCUUGACAGACUUAAAAGCAUGAACGCGAGCGAGGAAGAAACGCGGCGAGUAAUAACAGAACGAAUACAAGAUGAGUUGUGGCGUCUCCGCGACAAAGCGCAUGCGAUCGUCCGACGAGCGACGGGCCGCUUAUUGGAGGAGACAACCGCCAUUCCCAAUGGGAAACAACACAACACACCAACACCAGAACCCACGCCCAAGGAGUGUCUCGAAAAGGAGAAGGAACUGGGUCGACUUUAGUGAGCGCUCAAUCUGAACGAUGAGAAGUGAAUCAAUGCAGCGGCAGUAGAGAAGCGGCACCGAACGGCGAUCGGUAUUCGAUAUUCAUCUCCUUAAAAAUUUGCUGCGGAGGGGCAAUGUUGGCG